AUGAAUUUUCACUACCGACAUUUGUGUGGUCAGGAACCGCGAUAUAGAUGUCCGUAUUGUACCCUAAAGACCAAACGAACUUAUAAUAUUUAUAGACACAUAGACCGUUAUCACUAUGGUGAAAAAAAGAUCAAUAAAGCAAGACUUAAAAUUAAUAAAAAACUAACAAAAAAUUUUUUUUUGCAGAAAUUGGGCCCGAAAUUCCCGAGACUCGUCGCUUACACGGAAGAAGACCGCGAGGAUGCUUGGUACCCGGGGAAGAUGGCGUACCAUUGUCCGAGGUGUAACGCGGGGUAUACCUACAAAAAGACUCUCAAGACCCACCUGAAGUACGACUGCGGGAAAGAGCCCAGGUUCAAGUGUCCCUAUUGUAACAAGAAGGACAAGUGCUCAUCGAAUAUUUACAAACAUGUUCGGCUUAGGCACGACGGGCUGCCUGUUACUAUCAGACCAGAAGAUGGUCAACAGGAGUCUCAAGUUACUAAUUAA